AUGUAUAUGUGUAGAAGUAUAUUCUUGCUGCAAGUGCUUAUUGUGCUAAUUUGUGUUAAUGGAGGCUAUUCUAGCAUGUAUAUUAAGUCGCAUAGUGUACGAAAGCAAGCAAAAAAUAGUGAGAAAAGUCGGUUUAGUGAAGAAAUGGCGAGUUCUGAUGGGGUUAGCACAGGAUUGGUGGUUAGUAUAAGUAAACCAAUUGAAAACCCAGAAAAGCCCAGUAAAAAAGGUAAAAAAGAUAAGAAAGACAAGGAAACUGCAAAAGACAAGAAAGGUGGUAAGAAACAAAAAGCUAUAACAGAGUCCGAUGAUGAAGUAAUUAAAGCAAAGGCAGAGGAUGAAUACUCCGAUGCAGCGUCAGAACAAAAGCCAUCAAAGUCCAUUUCUGACUUUAUUUCUGACUUCUUUAGUAUAAGAUGGGUUCAAAUUGCACUAAUUUCUACUUGUGCAGGAAUUGCUCUGUGUAUUCUAAUAUUCUUAAUGUUUUCUUAUGUAUCUGGGUAUAUCAACGAAAGGAAUAAUAGAAAAAGAUACUCUGAAGCCCUAAAGCCUGCCUACACUUCAGAUGGUAAUCAGAAAGAUGCCUUGCAAGCUGCAAUAAAUAUGUGA